CAUGAACUCAUCACGCACUACACACAAUCCUCUCACUUCAUGCAUUAUUGUAUGCUCUUUUAAAUCCCAUUUUUCCUUCAUUUUCUUUACACAUCUGAUCUCCAUCACAAAACUCAUGCACUCACUUACGCUUAAUCAACCUUAUCACCUUCUAAGUAUAAAACAUUAACUUUCUUUACCAUACCAUCCACUUUUUUCAAUCAACCACCACCAUGCCUACAACAUCACCGCCAAAACCGAAACCAGGGGAUCAUCAACCUCCACCUCCGCCUGCAGCGGUAUCAUGGUCAAAAUACUUAGUCAUAGAUGCUACUUCCGAGCUAAGGCAGCAACGAGGGAUAGCGGUCCCACUUAUGGCAAUGAACUUGACAUGGUUCAUUAAGCAAGCAAUCACGACAGCCUUUUUGGGAAGACUCGGUGAGCUACAACUAGCUGGAGGAGCUCUAGGGUUCACGUUUGCUAAUGUCACCGGUUACUCAAUCUUGACGGGUUUAUGUGGGGCCAUGGAACCGAUAUGUGGGCAGGCAUAUGGCGCGAAGAACUACAGGCUGCUUCAUAGGACUCUACUCAUGGCAACUCUUUUGCUUCUCCUAGCCACCCUCCCCAUAUCGAUUCUUUGGCUGAAUAUUGGAAAAAUUCUUCCCCUCUUCGGGCAACAACGGGAUAUGGUAGCUAUGGCUGAAAAGUAUCUUCUCUAUCUGCUACCGGAUUUGAUGGUGAACGCGUUCCUAUGCCCUCUAAAAGCUUACUUGAGUGCUCAGGGAAUCACUAUUCCGAUAAUGCUAAGCUCUACUCUUGCAGUAGCUUUCCAUGUGCCGAUCAACAUAUUGUUGAUACAAGCAAAGGGUUUUGAAGGGGUAGCCAUAGCAGUCUGGGUAAGUGAUCUUCUAGUAAUGUUACUUCUAGCAAUCUAUGUGUUACACUUAGAACUGAGGGGAAGAGAGAAGUGGCAGGAAAGCGGGUGGUGGGAUCACGGGAUCAAGGAGUGGCGGGCCUUGCUCGGGUUAUGCGGGCCAUGCUGCCUGACUACCUGCUUAGAGUGGUGGUGCUACGAGAUCCUAGUCCUCCUCACAGGACGACUUCCUAAUGCCAAGGAAGCUGUUGGGGUGCUCGUGAUUGUGCUCAAUUUCGACUACUUGCUGUUCUCGGUGAUGCUCUCUCUCUCUGUAUGUGCAUCCACCCGGGUGUCUAACGAACUUGGGGCGAACCAACCAAAAGCUGCUUACAAAUCAGCCUACGUGUCACUCGUUACAGCAGCCUUCUCAGGUUGUGUGGGGGCCGCUGUCAUGGUGUCGGCCCGGAGUUGGUGGGGCCCACUAUUCAGCCAUAGCGAGGGGGUAAUUAAAGGGGUCAAGAAAAUGAUGGUCAUAAUGGCUAUGAUUGAAGUGGCUAACUUUCCGUUGACAGUUUCCGGAGGUAUUGUCCGAGGAACAGCAAGGCCAUGGCUCGGUACGUACGCAAGCCUUGGAGGGUUCUACUUGCUGGCUUUACCCUUGGGUGGUGUCUUGGGUUUCAAAGCAAAGCUAGGGCUUGGGGGCCUUUUCUUAGGGUUCUUGGCUGGGGCAUCAACCUGCUUGGUCUUGCUAUUGGUGUUUAUAGCAAGAAUUGACUGGGUAGCAGAAGCAGGCAAGGCUCAAGUACGAGCCUCAGCCGGAGAAGAGUUUUUGUCAGACGAAAGCGAAGUUAAAACCUCGGGAAAAAGCCCGUGUCCUGAACUUACAGCAUGACCCGGACACCAAAAAUUAUACGAGUACGAUAUUUGUAUCUAUCGACUGAAGAAGAAAAUCAAUGAAUAGAUAUGGUUAAGUUUCUAUGUCCAUGAAUCAUUACCA